AAAAGGCUACCAAUAACCAAACUUUCAGUUAUAAAGAAACAACUAUUUGGUGGUGUGUUAACAAUCAAACAUCACCAAACUACAAAAACUGAAGAGCCAUGACUCUGUCUAGGCUCUCUUAUGCUCUCCUAAUUCUUGUCAUUUCUUUGGUCCGGGUAGUACACUCCAUUGAUUUCAAUUAUCCGGCAGUGUUCAAUUUCGGCGAUUCGAAUUCCGAUACGGGCGGGCUCAUCGCAGGUCUCGGCGAAAGUCUCGAACCGCCUAAUGGAGUACAGUACUUCAAGAGCCCGGAGGGGAGGUUCUGCGAUGGACGUCUCAUUGUCGACUUUCUAAUGGAUGAAUUUGAUUUGCCGUUCUUGAAUUCCUAUUUGGAUUCUGUUGGUUUCCCAAGUUUCAAAAGAGGGUGUAAUUUCGCAGCAGCUGGGUCUACUAUACUUCCUGCAACUGCAACAUCUGUUAGUCCGUUUUCAUUUGCUAUUCAAGUUGCUCAGUUCUUCCGAUUCAAAGAUCGUGUUCUUGAGUUGCUUGCAAAAGGUAAGAAACUAGACAAGUAUUUGCCUGCAAAGGAUUUCUUUCAGAACGGGCUGUACAUGUUCGAUAUCGGCCAGAACGAUUUAGCCGGUGGAUUUUAUUCCAAAACGGAGGACCAAGUCAUUGCUUCAAUCCCAAAUAUACUAGUGGAAUUCGAAACCGGCAUUCAGAAAAUUUAUGAUCAAGGGGGCAGGAGAUUUUGGAUUCAUAAUACUGGUCCUCUUGGAUGCUUGCCUCAAAAUGUUGCAACAUUCGGCAAAGACCCGUCUAAGCUUGAUGAACUUGGAUGUGUCAGCGGACACAACCGUGCUGCUAAGCUUUUCAACUUGCAGCUUCACGCUCUAACCAAGAAAUUGCAGACUCAAUUGACGGAUGCAAAUGUGACAUACGUCGACGUAUUCUCUAUUAAGUUCGAUCUCAUUUCAAAUUAUCCGAAAUACGGGUUCGAGAAGACCCUGCUGGUCUGCUGUGGGUAUGGAGGUCCUCCACUGAACUACGACACUCGAAUUUCGUGUGGGCAAACUAAGGAUAUAAACGGGACCUCAGUGACAGCCAAAGGAUGUGAAGACAGUUCUGAAUAUAUAAGUUGGGAUGGAAUCCACUACACUGAAGCUGCAAACGAAUACGUAGCGUCACGUAUAUUAACGGGACUAUACGCUGACCCGCCGUUCUCUGAGAAAAUGCCAUAUGUUCUGAACCUCAAGUUCUGAUAACAACAUGAAAUAUGUUCAUAAUUCGUUAUUUCUUUUUCUAUCUGCUAACUUCUAUGGAUUCUUUCGAAGCUAAUAUCAACAACUUUGUGAUUACUCCAACUGAAAUACGCAAUGUCGAACUAAAUCCAUUAUUUAUCUCAUACAUUUGAGAGCAGCAGGUAAUUCUCCUGUAAUUACUAAAUGAAAAGUUUCUUCAUA